AUGGUGUCGACACUGAAUAUCCCCGAGAAUGGGGGCCGUGCCUCGACAUCGCAGCGAGGACAGGAGGCGAUCGCCAACUUCUUUGGUCGCCUCUCCAUCGACCAAAGCUCUUUGCGCGCCAAGCAUGCCGAACCUUCACUGUCUAGCUACACUGGCAGCAUGCGCAGGUCUUCUUCAGGCACUGAGCUCAAUUCGCAACCUCAUAGCGCCAAUGGCGGGGACGGUGCGACGACAGCAGAUGCUGCUCCAUCCAAAACACCUCGUGUCUAUUCCUCUUUCUCCGCUGCAAAAGCAGCUGCCUCUCGCUCGUCGCUCAACAAGCGAAGCUCUCAGGCCAGCAUCCCGAGUAACGCUGCUGCCUCCCCGUCUAUGAAUAACUCGCCCUCCUUCUCCUCUCCUCGCACAACUUCUUCAGCCUUCGGAGAGACAGCCACUCCGACCGGUCUCGCCUCGUCUUCAGCGGCCAAUAAAGGAUCAUCCUUCGAUAUUGCCUCCGCCAACCAGUAUACACCUGGCUUCCUCGCUAAUACUUUCCCUUGGCUCUCAGCAAGUCAAGCAUCGCCUUCCAGGCAGUCGGAGACCUACGAACGCCCAACACCGUCAAUGCAGAGUAGACUAGACGUACAGUCCAAGCACCACUCGCCCCCCGUCUCUCAUUACAGCAAAGGCAAAGGCUUUGGCUACAAUCCCAAUGACCAACACAAACCACCCAAAUCUAGUUCCAAGAUCCGCCUCACCUCCAAUGCUUCCAAAGCGGACACGCGCCAAAGCCGAGAUUCCAUCGGUCGAGGACAGGGGCUCACAUCUUCUUCUGAGCUCGACCUACCUGAACGCAUGCGCAGCCAGCGCAAAGGAGCUCCAGCGCCACCGCGUCUCUCACGGGAUCCAAUCGCCAUCAGCAUCGAGGAGGAGCUCAAACCUAAUACAAGCGCGCAAAGGAACCAAUCGGCGUUUUCACGGCUCGGGAGAGCCUUUCGCCGCAAAAGCAAGUCUGGCAGCGAGUUCAGGGCAGACUUUGGCACCUCCAGAGAUGUGCCCCCAUUGCCCAAGACUCCUCGCCGCGUUCCCAGCCAGGUUCUCAAACCCACCGACCCUUUCGCCGAAAAAGCGCUCAAAGCCAGCAGCGGCAUCGUUGAAGUGGAUCUGCUCAAGCCACGGCCGAGCGUCGACGUCAAAGGUAAGCAGAGACAAGUUUCCGAUACUAGCACGGACGUGCGGUCGCAAAGAGGCUCAGUUGCUAUUGUACCUAUCAUGAGGACAACAGGCACCUACGCCGAGGGCACGGAUCAGCAAUUAGCCGACCAAAAAGAUAGCAAUGUGUGUCUGACUGAGAUGGAGCAGCCAGACAGCAGAGUUGCUGCAAGCGGAAAGGAAAGAGAGAGUGCUACCUCUGGCAACAACGCCAACGGGCAAGGAGCAUUGUCAGCAUUAGACGCUCGAAAGGCUAGCGCGGAUGAUCGGCACGGGGAAGACGAAGAAACAAGAGAGGUGGAAAGUGGACCACAGACCAAGUCGGCAGAUUUUUAUGCAGCUUCUCUCACCACUGACUCAGACUUCGCCCAGGCACGCUCCGAUACGGCCAAGUCAACCCCUCGUGCCGCGGAUGCAUCCUCAAAGCGACCAACGUCGAUGGAGUCUACCACGUCCAGCACGCAUCGCAGGUCGCUUGCUUUCCUCGCCUCUGCCAUCUCCUUGGGCGCCAUAACAGCCGAAAGCGAGGGGGAAGCUGGACAGGCUGCGGACGGAAGCGACGGGCUGAAGGAAUCGGACGCAGUUGACAAAGCAAAUUCUGGCGCCACCAGGAGCGACGACCCGAAUACCACCGCGCAACAUUCUUUGGAACCUGGCUCGGCCACUGUUUCCGGCACUAACCUGACCAGCUCCGUGCCCAAAGACACCGUCCAGACCGAACAGACUGCACCGACAUUCGCUUCCAUGUCUCGCACGAAGAGUUCUGACCGCAGGCGCCUUGAGCCCAAGUCAGCGACGCCCAACGACCAGAUUCCAAGCAUUCCCACCGAUUUCCUCAGCAUGGAUGCAGACAUGUCUGCGAGGCAAGGCAAGGGAGCCAAAUCGAAGGCAUCCCACAGCCGAGCUCUCGAUGACCCUACAGCUCCCGAUCUUGAUCACGACAACUCAGGUGCAGCCCUGAAGCGUUCUAUCAGCGGCAAAUCAGAUAGUCGCAAGUCUUCGCACAGCACAUCACCCAAGGCCACGCGUGCGACCAAGGGUGUCUACAUGGCUCAAGCCGCUGGACCAAGCAUGGGUGGCUUUGUUUCGCCCUUCUAUGUGGCUCCUUUUACCUCGGUCGAUGCAGGUCUUUCCAAUCGUGCGACUCGCCCAACCGGACGCCGCGCUAGCAACAGCUCACGAUCGGUCCACAGCGACGACUCCAGAAGUAACCACAGUGGACCCCGACGUGGCUCACACUCGCUUGCCGUUCCCGACAACGCAUCUCGGGAAGGUCAGGACGGGAUAGACGCAGCGCAGGCAGAGAUGGACCAUCCCGGACAGUCCAGGGAGUCUGCCACGUCCGAAAAAGCGCGAAAGGUCAAGUCGUUUGGCAAUCUGCGCGCUUCGUCUAACGAUCGGAGGGAUGAGCCGUUGCCACGUGCCAGCACGCCGCGUCUGCCCUCACCCUCGGUUCUGAUUGAUGAUACCGGCGCCGCCGGUCGAUCCCGCGACCUCAAUGAUGCCGCUCCUAAGUCAUCGAGCGCUUACGUUGCGACCGGCGACAGCAAUUUGCAAGCUUCCAAGGACAGCGGCGUAUCAACGUCGCAGAGCACCAGCCAACGUUUGUCACGUCGACCAAAGACCAGUGGAGCAGAGGCUGGCUUGGGCAGCGAGCGUUUAAGACUAUCAACUGCGCAAGCUGGUGCAUCUGCAUCCUCUCGCAGAGGUUCCGGUCCGGGACGUGCUUCUCUGGACGAUUCGGGGCUAUCCUCCAAGCCCUUCUCAUCGUCACCGACCGAGGCUGGCUUCGAAGUGAUGGUAUCGCGAGAUGCUGCUUCUACGCCGGUCAGGCCACGUGGCGGGGGAGAUCAGCCGCGAGACACGUCUACCUCUGAGAACACUCGAGACAAGAUGCUUGGCUCGCGUCUUUCGAGCUCGGACUGCAGAGAUAGCUCCAGACUUGGUCGAAGACCGAGCGAGACCAGCAAUGGAGCCAUGACGUCUUCGUCAUCAAGGAUCGAGACGCAUGGGGGAGCUGCCUCUCUCUUCGGCAAUCCAACCGCCAGACCACGCACUUCCUCUUUGCUUCCGUCGUUCGGCUUCAACAGGAGUCGCACAGGCUCCUCCGCUGGCCUUGAGGGCACCGGGAAAAGCCCGGGCAGCUUUGGCAAUACCUCACGCUCCGCUUCCGGGGGCUUUUGGCGCGAGCCGGGCGACCCACUCACACCAGCUGCUCGAGGUGGAGCCACAGAAACCAACACUCUACAACAGGGCUCCAAUGGAGCUAAUCGAUCACCUCGCGCUUCGUCGAGCUCGCGUCCCUCUUUCAGCAGGCAGCUCUCGACAAGCAUGGCGCUUUCAGAUGCCGAGUCCAAGCAGGUCUCUGUCAAGCCCGAGAAGAAGUUCUCAUUGUCCGCUUUCUUGCCGUAUGACGACGAAGAUGCACCCGAAUAUGCAGAGCGAAUCGCAUCAACAGCACCCAAGACGCAAAUCGCCGCCAUCUUGGCUUCGAGUCCCGACUCUUUCUACGUAGAAGCCUUGCAUCGUUUCAUGACUCGCUUCUGGUUCAAUGGGCUUCCCCUCGAUAUCGCCUUGCGUAAGCUUCUCAUGGAUCUGCACUUGCCCAAGGAGACCCAACAGAUCGAUCGAGUCAUGGAGGCGUUUGCUAAACGAUACAACGAGUGCAACAGCGGUCUCUUUGCUUCGGACGACCAACCUUACAUCCUGUCGUUCUCACUCAUGAUGCUGCAUACGGACGCUUUCAACAAGAACGCGAAAAACAAGAUGACCAAAGCCGACUACCUCCGUAACACUGGCUCGAGCGGAGUGCCGACAGACAUCCUCGAGUAUCUGUUCGACAAUCUGACCUUCACGCAAUUCAUCUACAUCGAAGAUGAGGAAGCUGGACGCCGACAUCCAUCCGAGGCUUCAGCCAUGUCAAUGAUCGGUCCUGCCAUGUCAAGCUCCCUCGCGACACAAGGAGCGAACGCAAACAAUCGUACCAAGAUCGAUCCAUACUAUCUCAUUACUCAGGGUCGACUUGGCGAGCUGCGUCCAGAUCUGGAAGACCUCAUCCCAGAAGACACUCCGUUCUCAUAUACGGGAUCGCUGCCAUCCUUUGAUGUCGAUAGGCUCAACUCUGCUUUCCUGCACGCUCCUAGCAUCGAAAUUGUCACCACGAAGAACGGGGGCGAGCAGUCUGGAAAUGGAAAUGCUGCUCUCACAACAGGCGAAGAGGAGGUAGUGUCGCUGAAAGUUACCAAAGUGGGCGUAGUCAACCGGAAGGACGACGUUUCGGAUGGCGGCAAGAAGUCAGCCUCACGUAAAUGGAAGACGAGCGGUCUGCUCUUGACUGGCUCGCAGCUGUUGCUCUUCAAGGACAUCAUCUGGAUCAACGCUCUGCAAUCGCAGAUUGCAGACCAGGUUGGAGAUUCGCUCGUUUGCAAUGGCAUCCCGACAGACGAACGGCCUGCGCAGGAAGUCGUAGAAGGUGGCGUUGUCAUCUCGCCCCGCAUCACCUACUUCCGACCUGACGGCGUCAUCUCGUUAGCCGAUGCUGUGGCGGUCAAAGAUCAUUCUUACGGUAAAUAUGACUUUGUCUUCCGUUUGCUCGCAGCCAAAGGUCGACAGUACCUUGUGCAAGCGCAGAGCGAGGAUGACAUGAAUGACUGGAUCCACAAGAUCAACUUCUGCGCCAGCUUCCGGACGGCCAACAUCAAGAUUCGUGGCCUCGACCUUGCGCCCCGCAUUGGAUCUGGUGCUGCAACGCAGGACUUGAACAGUCUAGACCGAAGUGACACGAUAGAGUCACGCUUCGGCCAACCUGCGCUCUCGCGCCCGUCGUUCUCCGAUUCGGAUCGAGGUGGCUCGAGAGGAAUGGACGCGGAUGGCAGUGGAAGAUCAACACCAGUUCCCGAUGACACUGGGGACCUGUCGAGGGACGGUCCUCUGCGAUUAAGCGUUGAUCCAAUGUCGAGAAACAGCGAGAGCGAUUGCCCGCCACGACCCCGCUCAUCAGCUUCGCAUCGCAUGAGCCCGGCGUCUUCAGCGCUGCAGAAGCGUGCCAAGGCGCGUCACGAGCUUAUGUUGACCAAGAUCGCCGAGACGGAGGUGCAGCUGGAGCGUGCUACGGCUCGUCUUGCGGCCGAGAUCCGUCUUGCGAGACACUUUGCCAUCUUGACACCGUUCCUCAAGUCGACGCGAGAUCGUAUCGAGAUGUCGGCUUUGCCCCUGUCCAGCCGCAUUCGUGCGCUACGACUGGAUGUGGCUAAAGCUGAAUCGCGAUGCAAGAUUCUGCGAUUAGAUCUCGCUGCUGGCGGGAGAGUGGCUCGAGCGUUGCUGCCCAAUGCGUAUCUAUCGUCAUCGGCGAUGCGUGCGGCUAACCAAACGCCUUCUGCUCAAGUCGCUACACCGCAGCUGCUAGAGUUGGGCAUCACAGAGUCUCAGGCACAGUUUGAAGAGCUCUUUGCACCGAUGAACAACGGGAGUGGCACCUACGAUGCUCCCUCCAACACCUCCGUCUUGUCAGGAACGGUGACCAAGCCAGCAUCGCAUCAGAGGAAUCAGAUGAACCUCAACGCUGUAUCCGAGCAACCAGCCGACGAAUCGCCUGUCAUGACCUCUCGACUCGAGCUGGCUGGAGAGCCACGAUCACAAGAAGGGCAGAAGACGCGGGCUAAUCGACCUUCAUCGCCUUCGCAAUCGGUCGCUUCCAAGUCUUCUGCAGAGCACCACGGCCGAAGUCAAAAUGGUGAGCAAGGCGGUGCAGCAGACGAAGUUCCAGAAGAUUGGGAUCUGAGUCAAGUGGCAAGACCGGGUACAAACAGGAUAAGUCUGGUGGAUCUGCCUUCGCCCGAUGAGCUGCAAGAGGCUACGGGUGGAAGGUUCCGAUUUGGUUCCAGGGCAGGUGAGUCGAUGUCAUCCUAG